AUGAAAUUUAUAAAACAUUUAAUACUAUUUAUUAUAUUCUUUGCUUAAGCAUAGGAAGAUUGGAUAACUGUUUUCAAUUAAUUUACAGGUUCAUAUUGGGAUGAUUCAGGUUAUUAACAUUUUAAAAUUAGGUUGGUUUUUCUAUAAAAAUAAAUGGUGGAGCAUUUAGCCAAUGCGGGGAUACAAAGUUAUUUUGAAGAUUUGCAAUUUUAUGAUUGGGUACAUUAAUUUCUUCAAAAUUUACACUUCCACCUCAUUAUUCAUUAAGAAUAUCAUUUGA